AUGAAGAACAAGUCAGUCGCCCCGAGCUCCAAUUGGAAACAGCUUCUCAAUGCUGGGGCAGUGCAGCAAACGAAGAAGCGUAAAUCCAACAACGACAAUGCACAGCAUCGAUCGAAGCGAUCCAAAAAGACAUCCGAGAAGUCUAGUGAAAAGUCUAGCGCACAGCAGCCAACAAAGAAGCAAGUCAAUAAGGAGGAGCUAUGGUUCGGCGAGGAUAUCGACGAUGAAUCAUUCGCAAAGGCGUAUGGUGUCACAAAGACGAAGACGGUGGAUGGCACUCAGAUGACCAAGGCGACACUGAAAGAAGCUAUGGUGAAGCAGAUGAAUUCUGUUGAAGGCGACAAAGCAAAAAUGGGCAAGUUUGUGGCGAUCGAUUGUGAAAUGGUGGGUGUCGGUGAAGGCGGCAUUGCAUCUGCACUAGCACGUGUGAGUUUGGUCAAUUAUCAUGGUGCGGUGCUAUUGGAUACGUAUGUCAAGCCUAUGGAACGAGUGACGGAUUAUCGUACCUUUGUGAGUGGUAUCGAACCAAAACAUCUCAAAGAUGCUAUAACGUUCCAAGAAGCACAAAAAUUGGUGAACGACAUUAUCAAAGAUCGAAUCCUUGUUGGUCAUGCCGUGUACAACGAUUUGGAAGUACUUAUGCUUCCCCAUCCCAAGCUCAUGAUUCGUGAUACUUCUCGAUACAAGCCUUUCAAGGAACUUGCCAAGGGAAGGACGCCUGGUCUUCGAAUGCUUGUUGAAAAGGUGUUGAAUAUCGAUAUCCAAAAGGGCAGCCAUUCUUCCGUUGAAGACGCUCGAUUUACGAUGAUGUUGUAUCGCAAAGUGAAGGACGAUUGGGAAAAGCACCUUGGAUCACGCAUUGGUCUCAAGAUGAAGGCUAUGGCAAAGAAAUUGGAAAAGAAGGAUGCGAAGCGCAGCAAGAAAUAG